AAUGAUUCAUUAGAUAUGUUUCUAGCAAUGCUGUCCUCAGGUGUUACUGAACCAGCAAAUCAAGUUAAUGUAUUUAGUAAGUCUGUUAAAGAAGAAAAAAUGAAGCAGGUAUCCUGUAGACCAACAUUAGAACAACCAAAACAACCUACCUGUAAUAAAAUGACUACCGUUAAACAAAAUAGAUUGGUAUCUGUACAAUUAUCAGGUCCUUUUGAGGAAAUUUACAAAGAGAUGGAAACAUUUGCAAAACCUUAUAUCAGUCUUUUGAAACUUCGACGCGAUUUGCCAAGAUCCUUUGAAUUGAAGACAACAACAUCGGAUUCAACAAGAUUUUUACUCAAACAAAAGGAAAAACAGCUUCUUGACACAAGUUCUGAAAAAGAUGAGAGCUACAAAGCUCUGUUAGUUGUUCACUGCAUUAAAAUUGCAAGUGAUAAUGUUCUUCAUGCUUGUUUAGAAUCAGCUAUAUCUCAUCUUAGUUUCAUACAAGAUAAAAAUAAUAUCAUAUUGGGAUCAUGUCUUAAUGACCUGAGACAAAGAUUGUUUCAUCAGCAAUACAGAUUUCAAAACAAUAAUACAGUCCAUCCAAAGAUAUUGGCAGUGUGUCGUGAAGCUAAUGGUAUAAUACAAACUAAAACAGAUGAUAAGGUACUACUAGUUAUUGUUAAAAGGCCAGUAUUAAGUUUAAUGACAUUAUUGAAGGAUAAUUUAGCAGCUAAUGGUACAAUAAGACCAUAUAUAGUUACAGACAAUGAUGAUUGGACCUGUCUACGGAACAGCACUAAUAACUGUUUGAUAACUUCCCAGAAGAAAUUACAAGAUAUAGAUUUAUCUGAUGUAGAAUGUUUAUUUGAAUAUGAAAGUUCAAAUGAAUCUAUAUUAAAAGCAAUAUGUGAAAAUCAAGAAACCAACUUUAUAGGAUUUACUAUUCAAAAUUUCCAUAAUAUUCCUCCAAUUAAUGAUAUGACCAAAACUAAACAAGAUCCAGAUAAUAUUAGAGAUGUUUACAAACACUUCCAACCAAUAACUGUUAUUGGUUCCACAAGUCUCACACAACAUGAAGAUAUUCUACAUAUAUUAGAAUCAAAGUAUAAUAUAUCAGUGAUAGAACGAGAUUACAGUGUCAUUCAAGAAUUAAAGAGCACAUCAUUUGCUGAUAUUGUUUUAGAUCAAAAUCAAGCUAUAUUACUUAAAGAUUUACUACAUUUAACAGAGGAGAGUAAUAUAGAACUGGUCACAAGACAACUGGCUUCAUUUGCUCUCAAAUACAAAAAAUGUUGGAUCAUACUUUUUAUGUUUGAUAAUACAAAAGGUUAUCCCCUGUCAUCACAAGUUUUGUCUAACCUGUUCAAGCUAGAAGCUGCAUUAGCCAAUAUGUCACGUAAAGGACAGCAAGAUGUAGCAUUCAAGGUAAAACAAAUUAAAAAAACCCAUAAAUCCUGAUUGAAAGCCGAACAUAAUUUUGUACUGUGCCUCCUUAAACAUCUGGAUACAUUUGAAAUUCCAUAGGCUACAAGCAAGGGGCACAUAAUUAUCUGAUAUUUUUUAAGUUUGAUAGGAUUCUUCAUCUUGCGAAUCUAACCAGUACAUAUCAAAUUUAGAUGAGGGCAAUAAAGUAUUUAUGGUUCAGGUGCAGUAUUCUGAAUAUAUGAAAUGACAGUCCAAGUUGUACAUGAUACAUCAAAACAGUAUUAUGUGGGAGUUUAUAAAUCUAUGGUAGAGGAUUUAUAUUUUCAAAGUAUGUUUAUUGACAAUAUAGUAGAACAUGUAGAUAGUGAAGUACCAAAAUGAUCCUUUCAAUAGAUUAUAUCAUUUCUACAAGAUAAAAUGGACAGAAAGACAGUAAAUUUGUGUCACCUUUGUACUUCAUACCUUAAUCAUAACGUAUACAUUACAAGGUACUACUGUGUCAUCAGAAAGAAGAUAUAUGUUGUAUAGUUAGAGAAAUAUGUGAUAUGGUUUGUCAAAGUACUCUUCAUGAAAAUUUAGAAAGACCAUGGUUAGCACAAACAAUGAGUAAGGAAGAGAAGAUGCUAUUGUGUAUACCUUGUUUAAACUCCUUUAGUUCCCAGCUAUUACUGAAAAAAGCCAGUUUGAAAGAAAUUAUAACCAUGUCACUGGAAGAUUUACAUCAUUUGUUUCCAGAAAUUCCAUAUAAAGUUCUUGAGGCUUUUUAUAAAGUAUUUAACAAUGAUAAUGGUCUACAACUCCAACCUACUCCUUCAUCACAGCAACUUUCAGAAAGUGAUGAAUAUCAUAUAAUACACAACGGUCUAGAAAGUCCUGAUAUGUAUAGUGAACCACAAUUAAAAAACAGAGAUGAACAAAAUGGAAGUAGAUUCACCUCCAUGCAUAAUACUGACAACACUCAAAAACGGAUAAAUAAUUGUGACUCGCCCCCUAAACUAAAUUAUCGUGAGAAUGUUUACAGUGGUCAGUUAAUUAGUAAACGGUCAUUUAGUGAAGACUUUUUAGUGGAUUUAACAAGUGAAUCUCAAAAUAGUAGUGUUAGUGACUCACAGGACAUGUCUGAUAAUCCAAACCAAUAUGUUGUUGCUGAACUAGAAGGAAGAGAAUUUUAUAAUAAGCUAGCAGAUAAUAAUUCAAAGUCAAGUGAAUGGCUGAACACUAAAAGUGAUAUGUAUACUGUUCAAUGUAACAUACCAAUUUCAGAGAAAAAUUGUAAAUUAAAAAAAUUCCACUACCUAAAAAAUGAUACACAAUCCAAAUAUGCUACAACGUAUGCUAGUUAUUCAGAACCAGAAUUAAGAAAUUUGGAUAGAGAACUGGAUAAAAACAUUCAUACUCAUGAUAUUGGUUUUAAUAAAUAUCAAAGUGAGGAAUCAUCAAGUUACACAAAGAUACCACACAGUUUUCAGGAAAGACAAAUAUCUUCACGGAAACAGCCUUAUUUUCCACACUUAUCUCAAGCCUGGUCAAAUUUAUCAGACUAUCAUUCAGCCAUCAAUACCUACAGACAAACAAGUCAAAGAAGCCCAGAAAAGGCAUUUCCCUCUAAAACAUGUAUACCGAUAGAAUCAAAUCAAACUGUAAAAAGACUACAAGAGAGAAAUGCUAUUGAUAUAUCAGGCAUCUCAAUUCGUGAUAAAAUACAGGUUUAUGAAAACAAUGACAAUAGGCAAUUUGAUGAUAGCGUGUCUCCAUCACUGAAAUCCCAAAGAAAUAGUGCUCGACAAUCCUGUUGCUUUAGCCCAAAUGCUUCAUCUUCAAGAAAGAUUGCAAGAUUUAGUGCUGACCUAACAUCAACAACUCGUAAUUUACUACGCCGGCCAGUUUUACAUGAGACACUGCAAAAUAAUUUACUUCAUCCAUCUGUACAGAGAGUAAGUGUUGGUCUAGCUCAACCACUCAGGCGUGUCACUGAAAAUCAAGAGACCAGUAAUGAUACCAAAAAUUUAUUAUUAAAUGGAAAACAAAAUGAUACAAUAAACAGUAACCAACGAAAAAGAACAGAUGUGCCAUUUUUAAAUAAUAGAAAAGAUACAAUUAUGGACAAACCAAAUAACCAUGGAAAUAUGUCUUUGUUUUCAAGUAACAGGACAGAUAUACAUUUACCGUAUAACAGAGACAUGCAAGGACCAAAUGAUAAAGACGAUCUGUAUUCUGCAAUUCACCAAAGAAAUAUUUCAAAUAAAAGUUAUGUAACUGAUUACUCUCCGCCAAUGGACUUAGCCUGCUUUUCUCCAACAACAGAAGAUCAAAUGUCAAGAAUGUUUUCAGAACAGAAUUACAGUCACAGAUCCAGGACAAAUAUCCCCACUGUUGAUGAGACUAGAGUACACCAUGUAUCAGGAGAGAACAGUAUGUCUAAUAUAAAACGCAGUAAACUAUCAUACAAACCUAUACCAGGCAGAAAGGGUGGACAGACUGUUUUAUCAUUUAACUAAUUCAUUUGUUAUCAUUAUGUUAGAUAAAAACCUUAUUGAUUACUACUGUAAUAAGUAUAUGAUGGGUAAACUAUGAGGAAACCUAAGCCAUUCUUCUCAUUAUGAAGGGAGCUGCAGUGGCUCAGUAAGACGUUGCUCACCAACCAGAAAAUAGAAAAAGUUCAUCUGGGUUUUCUGGCAUGGUUUCUCCUAAUCAGUGGUGCAAGACAAGGGGGUGGGUGAAAGGAACCAUGUCGAGUCAUUGAGAUGGGACAAAAAACCAAGUCCUGUGUGAGAAAUAAGAGUACCACUGUCCAGGCAACAUUUACCUCAUUGUAGCACACUGCAUGGCAUAUGGCCGUCUUCAUUAGCCCAGUAGGAUGUUUCCUCAUAAAAAAGAAAAGUUCAAAAUGACCAUCUUGCCAACAUGAACUGAUGCAUAUGACCAUCUAAUUGUCAACAUAAACUUUUGGCAUAUGAUCUUAUUUCAAGAAUGGCACGAAAUUGUUUGUACCGAAAUAAGGGACUUUUCUUUUACACAAAAUAUACAAAUGAGGUAUGCACCUCAAUAUUUCACUUAUUUUAUAUUUUCCAACACCGAAUAGUUUAAAGAUCUUAUAAUUUUAUUGUCAUCAUUUCCAUAUGUUGUGAUUAAUCUAAUGCUUGGAAAUAUCUUAUUUCAUUUAUAAACCAGUAUUUAUUACCGGUAUGUUAGAUUCAUGGUGUCCUUGUUAAAUCAGGCAUUUUUAAAUGGUUUUUGACUGUUUUCAAUUUCCAUACAUGUGAGAGUUGUUACAAUGUUAAUUAUUUAAAUGUUUACAGAAUAAAAUUUGUUCAAAUGAUUUUUAUUUUCAAGGGAAUGAUGUAAUGAAACUUAUACAUCAUUCUCACUUAAUUAGAAUUAAAGAUAUGUUCCAAAGCACCGAUAAAUAAAAUUGCUGAUCUCUGCUUAGCCUAUGCAUCUACAUAAGCAUCUACACCAAGUUUGAACAUUUUACCUCUAUUAGAACCAGAGUUGCUGUGUUCCAAACAUUGUCGGAUAGCUGCUUUACCCAACAAACAUACAUUGUGUUUCCCAAAGUCUUGGCCAAUCAGAUUGCUUAUCUCCGAAAUUCACCUAAUGAACAUAUACACCAAGUCUGUACAUUCUACAUUGUUAGAAGCAGAGUUAUUGUAUCCCCAAUAAAAUAAAAUGAGGUUUAAUCAAGACAGGCAUAUGCAUGCAGUAUGAUCUACUCUUAUAGGCCUAUCAUAUUCAAACUCUCCAGUGUGGACUUGGGACCUUGGUAUUUUGUCCCAUCCGAAUGACUUGACAGCUGUCCUUGUCAGGCUAUGACAAGAAGGAUCUACACUGAAAAAUCCAGAGGAAUUUUCUAGGCUAACACAGAGAGUGAACCUCACACCUCCUGGUUUGCGAGCUAGUGUCUUACUCACUGAGCCAUCGUGGCUCCCUCCCCAAUAGUGUGACAUGGACAAACCCAUAUAGUCUCCUACUAUCUUCGAAAGACAGGGGGCAAAAAUGUAGUAUCAUAUUCUAUGUGUUUGUGAACCACAUAUUUUACAUUUGUGCAAAUGAAAUAUGUAUAACCCCUUUAAAGAUGUCUUUAAAAUAUUUCCAUCCCUAGCUAAUAGCAGCUCAAGAUCCAAUCAGAAUGUCUUUAAUUAGCACUGGGGUGGUAUAAUUAUUUUGCCUAGAAUUAUUACUGCAGUUUUGACUCUUUGACAGACAGGUGAAAGACAAAUAGUAAUGAAAAGGGAAUGUUAAGCCAGGUCACCAAAACUAAAACCAGUGUAUCAGUUUGUUCUACAAAACUA